CUAGUACCGAAACCUGCAGUCCCGUAGUUCUAGUUCCGAAACUUGCAGUCUCGUAGUUCUAGUACCGAAACCUGCAGUCCCGUAGGUCUAGUACCGAAACUUGCAGUCCCGUAGUGUUAUCCCACUUAAAUAACUGAGAAACUCGCAGUCCCGUAGUUUUGGUACCAAAACUUGCAGUCCUGUUGUGUUAUCCCCCUUGAUUAACUGAGUAACUUGCAGUCCCGUAGUUUUGGUACCGAAACUUGCAGUCCUGUUGUGUUAUUCCCCUUGAUUAACUGAGAAACUCGCAGUCCCGUAGUUUUAGUACCGAAACCUGCAGUCUCGUUGCGUUAUCCCCCUUUAUUAACUUAAUUUAACUUCUGUUUUUGUCGAAAUUCUUAACCUGGCAGAUUAACAACAACACCAUGUAUCUCAUGUUUGUAUCUUGAUCCACAGCAUAUAUGUAUUUGAACUUAAAAAUAGGGCUCUAAUCAUUCUCCAUGCAAUAUCAUUCAAGAUUGUAUUACAAUUACAAUAUACUGUUUUGGCAAAGCAUAUCCAUUGUUAAAUUCAUCACCUUUAAAUAUCAAAUAGACAGAGCAUGACCUAGUAAUUCGUCAAACUUAAGACAAUUCAUUAUUGUUAAUUUCCUCCACGGCUCAUUGUCAAGCUUCACGCCUGUCAUAUUAAGUGCUUGGACGAGCUGUUUUCGUAUGCGUCCGUUAAAUGCUUUACUGUAUAAAUGUUGUGUAGUCAUUUUUAUAUUGAGAAAUUCUUUGCUUUUCGCAAUGAACAUCCGGCGUUCCUUUAUUGAAAUCAUUUAAAUCUGUAUGUUGCAAUGGACAGAUAAGGGCUCUACUUAAGGCUGAUACCGCAAUAAAAAAAAAUCCAGCCUUUAACUUAUGAUGAUAAAAAGUGUACUCGUGUAUUUGAACAUUAUCUUCAUUUUAGUUAUCAGUCUCAUUUUAAACGGAAUUGGAAAUACAUUAUUGAUAAAGAAAGUUGAUUUUCUAAUGGAAUAUGACAUUCUUUUGUUAGGGAAACUUGUAUUUGGAAUGGUAUUUAUGCGGAGUAUUUAGAGUACAGUUGCCUAAGUUACGACGGGUUUCUUUCUACAUCAUUUACACCUGUGUUUUAGCUAUGCAUGUUUCACUCUUGUUCGCUGUCGCUGUGAUAACUUCAAAAAAGUUUAUGUAUAUAAUAUACAUGAAUUAAGAAAAGAACAUUUGCAUACACAACUCGCAAACAAGAUUUCAUCCUACAUUUCGAGGUAUCCCAAUACUUGAUUCCUGUCGAUGGUGUGGACUAUUAUAGAGAAAUUGACAGAUUACGUUAGGAAAGGAAUCAGUCGACUGGCUGGCAACUUCUCCACUUCAAUGAACGGUGCGAGCCAGCGGGGCGGCAUGGAGGGUGUGUGCGUGUCGCUGACGGCUAACCAGCGUACGUGCCUGCUUCUGCUGGUGGUGGCGGUGGUGAGCUACUACCUGAUCAUGGACAUCACAUUGUACCACCGGCUACAGGCCGUGGACCUCGUCACUGAGAAGAAGGUUCCCGGCCAAUCAUGGUCCCCCUUCCACCCGCUCUCCGUCAAGCUCAUCUUACAGGACCCCACCACUCAUUACGUGCUAACGCCCAUGUCGGAGUAUUUCAAUGAAAUCACGCAUUUUAGUGAGGUGUUUUACUUCAUAUCGCCAAACAUGAUUACGUUCACUCAUCUGUUUCUAGCUUUUGUUUCCAUGAGAUUCAUCGUCUCCGACUCGCUGACAUCUCGCCGUAUCGGAUGCCUCAUUUACGAAGUACGGAGCUUCUUGGACGCGUUCGAUGGGACGGUGUACCGGGCGCAUGCCGCUAACAAGAAUUACAUGUCGCACCACAGCGAGCUCGGAUUCUGGAUAGACUCGACCAGUGACACCAUUGGGGGGGCUGCUCUCAUGUUUGGAGUGGUGUUUUGUCUCUGGUGGAAACACCAGCCGCGAAAAGAGAUAAACCCUUUACCGUGGACUACAGAUGAUAAAAAUGCCAACCUCAUAGACCAUUCUUGUGAAAAACAUGACACUAGAACGUUCAAACAUUACAGCAAAAAGUUUAUAUUUUGGCGGUGUUUUUGUUAUGGGAGUUUGAUCGGACUGUCCUCCGCCGUGUGGGACCAGACCAUGUGGAGCUACACGGACGUGUUCAUGGCCAACAUGAAAACACCAGAACUAGUCAAGCUGCAGUCCGAGGCCCUACACUCCAGCACCACGAGCCUGCUAUUCUGGUCCUGGCGGAUGCUAGAAGGACAGGCGCUCGUACACUACAUCCUCCUUGCCAUCAUCACGGACAAAAUCUGGGAGUUUCUUAGGUUUGUCCAGUACCUGGGAUUUGUGGUGCUUGGUCUACUUACAUUCUCCAGCUACUACCACCUAUCUCAGUUAAAACAUCUGCUGCAGCUAGUUCCGGUGGAAAUACCGUCUCCCGCAGUUUUUGGCUCCUGAUGGUUGUUUCCCCUGCGAUGACCCUAGCAAUAGUCAUUGUUGCCACAAAUAUACACGGUUGCCACGGUGCUAGCCACGUGACGUCAUUCUUAUGUCACGCGGGCAUUCUCAAGGAGGGAGCCAAGUAUUAAACAAGAGAUGUUCUCAAACACACAUCUCUCACCUAAACGUGAUACUCCAUAAUAGGAAUUGUUUUUAAAUCCGAGCCUGCAUUAGACAUUGGGAAAUUGAUUGUAUGAAUAUAUCCAACUGUAAGUCGAACGAAUGUACAUUUUAUCCAGUGUGAUACGAUAUUUGUUACUGAUUACCGAAGACACAUAUACUACCAAAACAUGAAACGCCAAAAUUACAUAUAUAAUACUAGUAAUAUUAUUAAUACUAUUUUGAACACAAGAAAAUGCUGUUAGACAUUGUGGAAAUAGUUUUUGUAUGUUUAUUAGGACAUGCAUUGUAUGCACACAUGUAUCGUGAUCUCAUCAUGUACUGACGUCUUAUUGUUUCAUCACGUCACAUUUUACUAAUUUGAAGAGUCUCAAGAGAAUGCGAAAAAGGCACUAUUUGCCAAAAUAUUCACCCAGUUAUUGUGCAUAUGUUUUCUGCAAAAUAUUUACAUGCGAUCACAGUCAUUGAAGUAUGCAAUGACGCAUUAUGGGCCACCGUCAGUAGCAUCACCUGUUUUUAUGGAUAUGUAUUAUUAUUAUAAUCAGGACCUUUAUCGUGUGGCUUACAUGUAUUACAUGAUCACAACUUUAUUUUCUAAUUAGAAGACAUUGCAGGUGUUUUAUUUUUUCGGAACUCUUUCAAACAAGUGCGAUUAUAAUAUGUUAACUCGUUUGCAUACAUAAAGUUCUUGCCAGCUUUUUUCUGUUCUUUUCAGUAUGUAUUUUAUCAUGUGUGGUGAUGUGGUUUUCGGUCUGUCGACUCCUCAUCCUUUGUACAUGCCUCCAGUGUUUAACGUUUCAUGUGGGCGGAUGUUCGCAUAUACUGAUAGUUUUCCCCCGUAAUAGUCUGUUUUGAAACCAAACUAUCGAUCUUUGUAUAACGGAUGAGCCUUUUUAUGUACUAAAGACAGGGGGGUACACGUAUUCCGAAUCUGCAAGGGUUUAAGUGAGGUUUUGGAGCUUGAUAUGCAAGAUGGCGGCGAAACCAUGACGAAAUAGGAUUUUUGGAACCUGUUUGGAACUAUGUGUUUUUGGAACUUAAACGUCAUAAAAAGUAUCAAAAUCUCGCUUCCCGCAUUUGUAAACAACAGACUGGCCGAAGGUUUUCCUUCAAUAACUUUUUUAUACCGUAACCUAAACGCAUGAAAUAAAAAGCCGAGUGAGGCAUGGUUAAUUGUAGAGCCGAAUGCGCGUCAUGAUAUUUUUGAAAUAUAUACUUUAUACCACUUACCAGGCGAAAACAGGUUCCAAAAAUCCUAUUUCGUCAUGGUUUCGCCGCCAUCUUGCAUUUCAAGCUCCAAAACCUCACUUAAACCCUUGCAGAUUCGGAAUACGUGUACCCCCUGAAAGAGUUUCCAGACUACUAUGCCUAUCAUCAUAUUUUGUUCAAUCGACAUCAUUUAUAUUUUUUGCUUAUUUCGCCAAUUUGGGAAGUAUUUUCUUCAAUAUUUUACGGGGUAGGGGCGAUGACUUCAAAGGGUUCGUAGAUAGCAGCUGGUUCCCGAUCUCCUGACAUAGCCGGUGGCGAUGCCACCCUGGGCCAAAAUAGACUUGGUCUGGUUUCACAUAAUAUAUAUAGGUAAAACAUAAACAGCCCCAUGCCUUAUUGAUUUGGGAAUUACUCAAUACACAUUGUAAUUUCUUUACAAUUUUCAUUUACUUGCAAGUGGCACUCAUCAGCAUUAUUUCAUCCCAAUUAAACACGUUUGUCUACUGUUUCUAUAGUGUGUCUAGGGUUAUUUUUUCUACAAUGGCAACCAUUACUACAAAAUUAUGUAUUUUAGUCAAGAUUUACUGUGAAAGUAGCUGCAUGUACGAUGUUGUUUGUUUAUUUUUGUAUGCGCAAUUUUAAUACUGUUGUUGAUCUGCAAAAAUAUGAAAAUAAUUAAAUAUU